AGAAAAUAUAAUAAAUAAAAGAAAAUCAAUUUAAGCAAAACAGAAGGAGCGAAGUGAAUUGAUCUGUACCUCUUCUGAAUCGUUCAUUUCCUUCUCCGUAGCUCGCCAGCCCAGAUUUCACUGCGUUCUAGUAUCUGUAUAAUUCAUAUUCAAUGGCCGGGAGAGCUCAGAUUCCGCAGAAAAAAUCAGCUCUUGUUGCGAUGAUCGCAGAUGAGGACACAGUUGUAGGAUUUCUACUUGCAGGAGUGGGUGAUGUUGACUUGCGAAGAAAGACAAAUUACCUUAUUGUGGAAUCAAAAACUACUGUGAAACAAAUUGAAGAUGCAUUUAAAGAGUUCACAACAAGGGAAGAUAUUGCAGUAGUAAUGAUAAGCCAAUAUGUUGCUAAUAUGAUCAGAUUUUUAGUUGAUAGCUAUAACAAGUCAAUCCCAGCAAUCUUGGAGAUUCCUUCCAAGGACCAUCCCUAUGAUCCGACUCAAGAUUCAAUUCUGUCACGAGUGAAGUACCUCUUCUCUUCUGAAUCAGUCGCAUCUGGGAGGCGCUGAGUAUGGAUAUGGAUAUGCACAUAGUGCAUGCCAUUCUGAAAAGUUAAGCGUAGUUUAUAUUUUGUUUGGUUCUUUAUCUUUGUAUACUGCUAAUUGUGAAGAAGUUCAAGCCACUUCAUUCACUCCCGAAGUUGCUCUUUAUCUUUCUAUUAUUCACAGUCCCAGUCUGUGAUUGUAUAAUACUAUUAUGAGCUUUAUGUUUUUUGGAGAUACUUGGAUGAAUAAAACUCAUUGUUAUUCGGAGAACAAUGAGUGUGGUCAACAUUGAUUUGCUAGAAUCAGUUCAUGUCAUCUUGUUGAUCUACGUUUCAUAAACAUAAGGUUUAGCUUGGGAGCUAACCCAUGUUUGAAUUGAAA